UGGUAUGGUCUACGUGGUGCUCCUGUGUUUUGUUAGAACGCGUGCCCUGCGACCGAUGGCAUAUACCACGUGACUGGUCCUUUGUGCUUUCCUCUUCGACACGUCUCCCCUCAACAACAUGGCGGCACGAGGUGUUUGUCUGGUGUUGUUGGCUCUGUUUGGAUGCAGUCUCGCCGCUAAGCCAGCCUCUGUCCUAAGUGUGGCAGAACAGGCCAGAUUGCGCCAGACCUUCCAGGAGGCAGCCCCUUUUAGGGAUUUGGAAACAGCCCACUACGCACUCAAGGGAUUGAAGUUUUUCAAGGCCCCUAUGCCUCCAAACCAGAAUGUUUGCAAGUUUGUUGAGGAUAAUGUUGAUAGAAGCAGCAUAUUGUCUGUCUACCAUGCUUCCUCCAUCAUCAAAGUCUUGGGAAACUGUCAGCUCAAUCUGAAGGAUGCAGAACAAAUGCUUGCAGAUUCCAUCCAGGAGGGGGCUCCAACAAGCACUAUCUUUUAUGCCGUCUCUUCUCUGAGUAAUCUUGGUCUCAAAAUUGAUAGUGCGGCUGUUCUCAAAGCUGUCCGUGCUGCCUCGAGUAGUGAUGAAGAUAGUGUUUCAAGUGCCAUAUUUGCUAUGAACAUUGCCAUCCAGUUGCCUAAAGGGGCAGAUAUCAACUUUAUUGUUGAUAUGGUUGAAGACACCGUGGCACAGGCUGAUGAGAUUGAUAACACAUAUCUUCAGUUUGACGGAGGUCUAGUCCCAACAGCAGAGGUGGUCACUGGUGCAUACAAGCUUGGCGAGUAUGUUAAACGAACGCCAACUAUUUCAGAGGAGCAACUGGUCAAGUUUGCCAACUACAUCCUGUCAAGGAAACAUGUUCAGGAAGUCAAAGAUUGCUUUUUCCUCCUGCGUUCCCUCAAUGUGUUAUCAAACAAUGAAUUCCAUGUCCCAGUUGUGAUGCAGGUGUAUGGUUCACCCCUGAUCUCAAAUGACAAUACAGUCUUCAAGGUGCGUGUGACUAAUGUUAUGGACAAGGCACUGGGCAAGAUGACUGUGACAGCUGUCUCGGCAGUUGACUCAGAGGGAACCUCUAUUUUGAGUAACCAAAACUUCAAGGAUGGUUCUGAAGAUGACUAUAUUGUAUUAAAGGCAGACCUCGGCAACAGUUACUUUGCUGCCCAUAGUUAUGAGCUGGACUUCAUGUCCUUCAAGCCCAGCCCUGGUAUCUAUACACUCACUGUCAACGUCAAGCCACAGAAGGCGGAUCCUAGAUUGAUUGGCACAUCUGGGGCUGAGCUGAAGGUCAAGGUUGUUACAAAGGUCAGCAUUGAUCAAGUUGAACUGUCCAUUAUUGACAAAGAGCAUUCCCAUGUUGUAAAGUCUCUGAAGGCUGAUUUCCCCACCUCUGUAGACAAAGUCCUUGAGGCUGAUUUCCACCAACGUGUUGUGAUGAAGUUUGCCAUCAAAAGCACAUCUGAUGGAGAACUGAUGACUCCUCACCAGGCGUUUGUGCGACUAACAAACAAAAAGACAAAACAAGAGAUUUUCUUCGUUCCAGAGCCAGACUCCAGUAAAAUGUUCAAAUUUGACUUGGAUGUUGGUGCAACAGCUAAAGAUUCCUUUGGCUCUCUAUCUGGGAAGUAUUCUAUGGAUCUUAUUGUUGGAGAUGCAGUUAUUGAAAACCCAUUUGAAUGGAAUGUUGGAUCAAUCGCCCUAACAUUUGCUGAUGAGCCAGCGAAAUCUAAGAAGGAGAAGCAGAAGAUGUAUGCACCCAAGCCUCAGAUUGAUCACAUGUUCAACAAACCUGAGAAGCGUCCACCACAAGUUGUAUCCAAUGCCUUCACUGCUCUUAUCUUUCUGCCCCUACUUGUCAUGAUUGUUGUUUGGAUGAAGCUGGGAGUUAAUGUGUCCAACUUCCAGUUCUCUCUGGGUGCCAUCCUCUUCCACGUUGGUCUUGGAGCCAUCUUCGUUCUAUACUAUCUUUUCUGGAUCAAAUUGAACAUGUUCACCACACUACAACUGCUGACUGUGAUUGGCGGGCUCACGUUUCUUGGAGGCAACAGUCUACUUAGCAGCAUUGCAGCGCGCAGGGCCAAGCGCUGAGACAGGCAUCUCAUGCCGAUGCACUCACUAGCUAUGUAGUAGUAAUCAAAUUUUUAUCAUUUUGUUGUGCCAUUCCAUAAAAUAAAUGACCUCUUCUA